AUGGAAUAUGUGGAAUAUAUGGGAUACUACACAGCAGCGACAGCUCGACACAUUGGCACGGAUCAAUUUCAUAUACAUGACCUUGGCGCUGCUGCGACCACGGGCCGCGAGUUUGGGCACCUGAAGCGGAUGUGGCAUGUGAUCACCUACAGCUUGUCGCCCUUCGAGCAGUGCACCUUCCCGAACUACUUCAGCAAGGGCACCCCCAAUGUGCUAUGCUGCACUCAGGCAUGCAUCCUUCAUGUCGCGCCACCAUUUGUAGCGUUUUAUCUUGUCUACACGUGGGGAAUCCAAGAGUUUGCGAGAUCCAAAAGGAAGAAUCCAGCUACCUAUGAAAAUGACAAAUGAGCAGCUCA